CGAUCGAUAUCAGUUUAUUUUGGAACUUAAUACCUCGUUCAUAUUAUUGGUGAUACAACGAUUUACAUCCAAUCGAUUCAACAUGAGGUCCCUGGCUGUUGUAGCUCUCUGCUUCUCCAUGGUCAUACUUACGGCUGCAAACGAUUUGACCGCUGGUGAACGCCAAGAGGGAGAUGUUCUUGUAGCAUCGAGAAACCUGAUUCGGCGCGCAGUACCGGGGAAGCCGAUGAUAGCACAAACCGGAUUCAAUACCGUGGGGCAGAUAACUGCUGUGCGCGCUGUCAACGCUCCCGGUUCAAACGCAGUCGUGGAGAUCGUUAAAGGUGGUCCCGGUCAGUCGAACGUCGUGGUAACAGCAAUGAGUGCUCCCGGAGAGGGAAUUGACGUUAAAGUUGAUAUUUACGCUACCGAACCUGCUGGUGGCAGCGCAGAGGAGCCCGCGUCUUCUUAAAUAACACUGUCAAGGCUGGGCCUGGUUCAUCUCCACUCGAAGUUAAUCCUUCGAUACGUUAUUAACUUUGAGGAUAUUAAUGCGACGAUAAAGGCAUUGAAAUUUGAAAUUCACACAGAAUGGAAACUUCGGUACUCAAUUCUGACAUCGAAUAACGAAGUAUUGUAAGAUGAUAUAAUAAAACACGUGAACGCA